AUGAAGAAUAAUAUGAGCAACCACGAGAAAAACGGGCCGGAGAGCCUGAAGUUGUUGAGGGUGCCGUCCACCCCGCCUACAACGCCGACUACACCCACCACGCCGAGUUCCAGAGGACUCGAGGACGUGUUCAAAGAGCUACCCAUCACCGACGAAACCUCCUGCGGCAUUUGGUGUAUUCGUGGUGCGACCUUGCAGAGAUUCGCGAACAAAAAGGCUUACGUGUUUCUCUACGGUGUGCUAGGAUGUAUAUUUUCGGCGAGUUACGCGUAUUUCAACGGCACCAUCACCACCAUCGAGAAAAGGUUCAAGAUACCCUCCAAGACUACAGGUCUUAUCACAGUGGGUAACGAUAUCUCGCAAUUAUUCGUAUCGGUGGUCCUGUCCUAUUACGCGGGAAGGGGUCACAGGCCUCGAUGGAUCGCGUUUGGGAUUUACAGCGUUGUACUCUUUUGCUGUCUGACGAUGUUGCCGCAUUUCCUGUACGGCCCAGGGGAGGACGCUCUGUUGCUCACGAAAGAAUACGGAGCGAAGCCACAGAACGUGAACUCGAGUCAAAUACCCGAUAAAUACCGGAAGUUCCUGUGUCUCGGAAAGGAGAAUCGCGAAAACGAGUGCGAGGACGCUGAUGGGAAUUUCGCCCCUCAAGUGUUGUUGUUCAUAGCCCAGCUGGUAUCUGGAGUCGGUGGAUCGUUGUACUACACUCUGGGAGUGUCAUAUAUGGACGACAAUAUACAGAAAUCGAAGACACCGGCGUUGAUCAGCUUUUCGUACUUCCUGCGAAUGUUGGGUCCCGCCAUUGGAUAUGGUUUAGCUUCGUUUGCUCUGAAGUUUUAUAUCAGCCCCACUUUGACGCCUACGAUCACUACGCAGGACCCGAGGUGGUUAGGAGCAUGGUGGCUGGGUUGGAUCAUCCUAGCGUUCCUCCUCUUCUUCUUCGCCAGCGUGAUCGCCCUGUUCCCAAAGACGCUGCCCAGGGCCGCAGCCCGCAAAGCUCUGGCCCUCGAACGUAACAAAUCAGCAACCAGCAUCAAAGAGAACGAAGAAUCCGAACUACCCGCCUCCAUUUCCGACAUGAUGCGAACGUUCAAACGACUGCUUACGAACACCACCCUCAUGUGCAACAAUCUGGCGACCGUGUUCUACUUCAUGGGAUACAUGCCUUACUGGAUCUUCAUGCCGAAAUACAUCGAGACGCAGUACAAACAAUCGGCCUCCGUAUCGUCGUUAAUUACGGGAACAGUCGGUUUAGUCUUCAGCGCAUUCGGUAUUCUUCUGUCCGGAUUAAUUAUCUCGAAAUACAAACCCAAGGCGAGGUAUUUGGCCGCGUGGAACGUGAUGGUGGGCGCUGUGUCAGUUAUGGGGAUGAUUUCGUACGCUUUUCUCGGAUGCUCGGCGAAUGACAGUCAGAUCACCGUUCAACCGGAUGGCGCCUUGAAGACGCUGCUUCCGUGCAAUAAACAGUGCCAUUGCGAUUACGUUACUUAUAAUCCUGUUUGCUCGGAACAUGGACAAACAUUCAUAUCCGCUUGCCAUGCUGGAUGUCGAAAUGUGCAGCUUCACGGUAAUGGUAGCAAGAUGUACACAGAUUGCAACUGUAUUAAACCAAAGUUUCCACAUUCCUUGCCACAUUUAUUUGCAAACAACUCGGCGAUGUACGGAACGGAAGCUCCGUUUGAGAACAGCGACCCUGAGAGGUCGAUAUUCGGCACUGCAGUACCAGGUGCAUGUCCCGUAGACUGUAUGCACAAGUUUUACGUAUUUUUGGCUGUGGUUUGUCUACUGAAGUUCAGUGGUGCCACCGGAAGGGCAUCGAACUUCUUGGUCUCCGUCAGAUGUGUCGAUGAGAAGGACAAAACGGUGGCUAUGGGUUUUGGAUUAACUAUCAUGAGUUUAUUCGCGUUCAUACCUUCUCCAAUAUUGUUUGGAUUCAUCUUAGAUAGAACAUGUCUUGUUUGGGGAAAAACGUGUUCAGGGACAGGAAACUGUUGGCUCUACAACGGGGAAACAUUAAGAUAUUUGCUAAACUUUACCGCAGCUACUUUCGUAACGAUCGGCACGUUAUUCGACGUGGGUGUUUGGUAUUUCGUGAAAGACGUGAAGAUCUUCGACGAGGAGAUCGAGCUGAAAGACAUAGCCGAAGAACCCGGGGAGACACUUUGAAAGUGAGUCCUUAACGAUCGAGUCAGAUCGCGUCGUUUCAUGAAAAAAAGGUGGAAUAAAGGUUCGAACGGCAAAGUCGUUGGUCGAAGAGCAAAAGAAACCAAACAAAAAAAAAAAAAUACCAGAUGGGAACGAUGGAAAACGAGAGAGCCGACGAAUAAAGACUUUACAAGUACCUUAAGCAUCUUCUUAGAUAUUUAAAACAAAAAAGAACUCGUAGUACCUCGGAUAGAACUUACCAUUAACUGGUUCAUUCGUGAGGCACAGCAUUUGAGACAGAAAAACGAAUUUAACUUGUUACACUUUGUUUUUUUUUACCCUUCGCCUCAUGAUCAUUAAUCAACGAGAUGUAUUCGCAUCAUUUGUGAGGAGCCUUUCUGGCACGUGUGAACUUUACGUGAGACUAAUUUUAUGGCGUCCGCCAUUUUGAUGUAACUGAAAUAUGUUGAAUGAAAUGGAGACAAUAAACGACAUGGUAUUUUUGGUUACUUCAGAAAUAAUUAGAGGAAAAGCGUUGUGAAAUUGAUGUUUAUAAUUUAGUGAUAUACUAGGUUAUGUUAGGUUAGGUUCAUGGCGAGGAGUUU